GCCACGCCCACUUCCCCGCUCACCUGAAUAUAAACUCACCUUGCAGCAUCAGCAGCGCAGAGCCUCCUUGAGCCCGAUCGUCAUUUCUCACCUGUUGUUUCGAGAACAUCUCGCCCGUCAUCAUGACCUCCAGCAUGUCACUUCGGGGUUACUCAGUAAGUCGCCAGCCAUCGUUCUCCAGCCGCUCCCUGAUGGACGCCGGCCGCUCCCGCGCAUCCGUCUCGCUCUCCGCCGGCGGCCCGCUGACCCGAUCGGCGUCCGUCAGCCAUGACCUCAACGGGCCGACCGGCCUGCAGCUGAACGGGCGCCACGGCAACAGCGCCAACGAGAAGGAGGCCAUGCAGAGUCUCAACAACCGUCUGGCCAAGUACUUGGAUAAGGUGCACUCGCUGGAACGCUCCAACGCCGACCUGGAGAUGAAGAUCAAGCAAGUGAUGAUCGAGCGCAUUCCCAAAGGUCAUGACCUUGACUCCAUGAUGACCCAGGCUCAUGCAGUCGAGCAGGAGGUGAGGAAGAAGACCUUGGAAAAUGCUCGCCUCAUGUUGGAGAUCGAUAACGCCAGACUGGCUGCCGAUGACUUUAGGAUCAAGUGGGAGACGGAGCUGGUGAUGUGUCAGUCGGUGGAGCGAGACUGCGUGGCCCUGAAGAAGGCCAAAAGUGACCAUGACCAGAUUAUCGCUUCCCUCAGGGGUGACCUCGACAGCCUGAAAGAGGAACUUUAUUUCCUAAGGAAGAACCACGAGGAGGAACUGGAGCAGAUGAAGUCUCGUAUAGCCCGGGAUGAGGUCAACGUGGAGGUGGACUCGGCCCAGGGACCCGAACUGGGAGCCAUCCUGUCUGAACUGCGGCUCCAAUAUGAGGGCAUAGUCAAGAAAAACAAGGAACACGCCGAGCACUGGUACCGCAAAAAGCUGGAGACGGUGCAGAACGACGUGAAGGAGAGCAACGAGGCCCUGAGAGUUGCGCAGAGCGAGCUGGUCGAAAGGCAGCGUUUCCUUCAAACCCUCGAAGUGGAGCUGGAGAGUUUGCACAAGCAGGUUGCGGCCCUGGAGGCGAACCUGGGCGAAACCAAUCAGAAGUACGCCGCCGAGAUGGAGCGUCUGCACGUCACCCUGAACCAGUUGGAAGAAGACCUCUCGCAGCUCCGGCUUGACAUGCAGCGCACCAAGACGGACUACGAGCAGCUCCUGCGCGUCAAACAGAACCUGGAGAUGGAGAUUGCCACCUACAGGCGCCUGCUGGAGGGAGAGGAAAGCAUUAAGGAAGUUCCACCUCCACCAAAAAAAGAGCCCGACGUGCGCACCAGGAAGAUCGUGAAGGUGGUGACGCAGACGAUGGUCAACGGCAAGGUGGUGGAUGAAUCCAGCGAGGUGGAGCAAAUCGAAGAGACCAAGAAAUAGGAAGGUGCAUUUCGCAGCCGAUCAUAAGGAAAGCAAAAGAAAAAAAAAAAUGGAUUUGACAAUUAUUCAUUACCGGAGAGACGUUCUGUCUUGUGAAACGUAAUCUAACAUAGCGAUACAUACUCAUACUCUGCUAAUAUUAUUAGAUUUGUAGGGGGAAAGUGUUUUACAAAAGAAUACUGUGUACCCCGAGAUAUUUAUUUCUUCGGGUAUCAAAGUUGACUGUAGUAUCCCUCAGUCAAGUGCAAGGAUUAUGAUUAACUCCUCCUGUCUUCAUGUGUCGCUGAAUAAAUCUUGACCUGACUCACUCUUAUGA